AUUGGUGUGAACCGUGCGCGCCACGGUUUGUACACGUAGUGCUAUUGAGGGAGAGAGCGCGAGAGAGAGCUGUCAAGAGUCUGUUUAGAUGUCUGCACAGUUUGAGCUGGCAGGGGAUUUACUCACCAAUUUCCAACGGACAAGGAAAGCUAUAAACUCGCACAUGCGCAUAUCGAAAAAUCGACGCGGAUAUGUAGCCUACACAUUCAUGAUUUUUACGCACAGGUGAAAAGUAAUGUUUUUCUUAUCGUAGAUUAUCCAAAGAACAUAGGACAGUGAUAUAGUCUCAGAUCAGUGAACAUCAUAUUUCUAGCCUAGUUAUUGCACAAAUAAUUAUAGACAACACGCGGGAACACCGUUAACAGUGAAACAUGUCCAGGAAAAAGACCAUGAAAGGCAAGGGGAGCUCCAAAAGCUCGACUUCAUCUCCGAACAACAACAAAGACACCGGGAAAAGUGGGAGAGGGAUCGGAGCCUCGGCCCCAUCCAACGGAGUGGUCUAUCCGAGCCGCCCCUCGCUCAGCAACAGCGGGGAGUUUUAUGAUAUCGCUUUUAAGAUGGUGAGCCCAGCUAGGAGCGAAAGAGGAGUGAGGUUUACCAGGUCUCGCCUUCCUUUCGUCCCUCUUCCAAACCAAGUGAUGUUGGUGGGAGACUCAGGUGUAGGGAAGACUUGCCUGCUGGUUCGCUUCAAGGAUGGAGCUUUCUUGGCCGGUAGCUUCAUCUCUACUGUUGGCAUUGACUUCAGGAAUAAAGUGUUGAACAUUGAUGCGCUGAAGGUCAAACUGCAGAUCUGGGACACUGCUGGGCAAGAAAGAUUCCGCAGCGUCACACACGCCUACUACCGUGACGCUCAUGCUCUCCUCUUGCUCUAUGAUGUCACUAACAAGGCCUCCUUUGACAACAUCAAGGCAUGGCUGACAGAGAUCCAUGAGUACGCUCAGCAGGACGUGGUGCUAAUGCUGCUGGGGAACAAGGCUGAUGCAACACACGAGAGAGUGGUGAAGAGAGAGGAAGGAGAGAAACUGGCCAAGGAGUUUUCUGUGCCCUUCAUGGAGACCAGUGCUAAAUCUGGCCUGAACGUGGAGCUGGCAUUUACAGCUGUGGCCAGAGAGCUGAAGCACAGGUCACUGAAGGAGCCUGAUGAACCAACGUUUCAGCUUGAAGAUUAUGUCAACAAGGAGAUGAAAAGUGCUGGGUGCUGCCGCACAUAAACCUGUUCUUUCUGUGUGUGUGUGUGUGUGUGUGGCUGUGGCCUAUUGGCUAUGAGUCUGUCUCGCGUGUGUGUAUAUGUCUACCGGUGUAUAAAGUGUGUGUCGCUGUUUCCCUUUCCCCAUGUGCGUGUGUCUGAUACGUUUUUAACAGUGGUGGUUGUGUAUGUAUGUGUAUGGUGUACGAGUGAAUUCAUAAUGCGUCAUCUUCUGCCCCCUACUGUAUGAUAAAAGGAUGACAGUUUCAGUGCAUCGGUACAGUAAGAAUCACAGCCUAUUAGUCUUAUCAAACUCAUUCAGUAAAGACCACCAAAGUAGACAUCAAACACUAGAUGAAGGCGGAGCAUUUCAUGUUACAGUACCUCUGUGUCAUCUUACACAUUCUCUGAUGAUUUCUCUUCCCGGUGAUAUUUUGUGUACUCAUCCAAGUCCCCCCCCCCACCCAACUGCAGAACUCUCCUGACCCACCUCUUCCUGCAGCUGUGAAUGUAUCGAAACUGUCCCCAUUUGUACCCCUUCGCUCUAUCCUCGUUUGGAUCCAUCGUUCAUGAUCCAUUGGAGUCCUUUUGUGCAAUAUUACUAAGAAAGUAUGUGGUGUAUAUAUUUUAAAUGAAAUGUAUAAUCUAGAGCUUUAUAGUUUGCAUUACUUAUACAUGGUUGUCCUGUUGAGGCCAAAUGGAACACGGUGUCAAGUGAUGUAGAAAGUCAAGAGAUUGUCAAGUAGCAGAACAAGACACUGUGGGCUGUUUAUACAAUUCAAAAUGUGCAUUGAAGCAAGAUAAUAUCAGUAUGGAUCUUUGUAAUCUAUAACACUCUAUGGAAGGGUUUGUUCAAAUGUUUAAAUGUUGUUUAUGUGUUUCUGUACAGGGUGUCCAACAUCAUGUUAUUGAUAUUCUGGAGGCAAAACAUCUGUCCUGUAUUUGAAUACAGUAUUGUUCAGUAUACCUACCUUGACUUUAUUUCAGAAAUGCUACAAUUGUAACUAUAUCAUUCUUUUCCGAACCAUGGUAUUUUGAAGAGAUGCACAAAUCUGACCUUCGUAUCGAUUUACAACACUUUUUAAUUCAGUGGAUUCAUCAUUCUGGACGUAUAAAGAGAAAUGUAUGUAAUUGCCUAAUGUAAAUGAUAUCGAGUUUCAUACUGUAUUUUGUUCCUGUUUAACUGAAGUACUAUGAUGCUCAAUGAAAGAAUAUUGCUGGAAUAUUGAAUAAUGUACAGAGGGCAGCAAAUCGUUCAAUGUUUUGAUCAUAGAAAAGUGUCCCUACUGUACUUCUAUAAUCCACUCAGACACAGUAAGUACAUUUUUUUCUAUGUAACUUCAGUACUCACAAUAAAGUUUAAGAUGCACAGUA